AUGCCUUUCUGGAGUUCUGCACCAUCACUGGCCCCUGCUAAGGCCUCUGCUGCUCAGCCUGUUAUUGCAUCUGAUAGUCAAAAGAUCAAACAAGAUAUACAGAAUCAAAUUAGUCAGGAAUUGGCUGUUGCUAAUGCUACUGAGUUGGUGAGGACGAUAACGGAAAACUGUUUUGACAAAUGUGUGGAUACUCCUCAUGCUCUGUUUGAUAGUGUACAGGAGACUUGUAUUGCUCAAUGUAGAGAGAAGUAUAUGAGAUCUUGGAACACCAUUUCGAGGGCGUACAUCGCUAGAAUACAGAAUCAAUCAUGA